AUGUCGGGUGUAUGGAUAUUUGACAAAAAUGGUGUGGCUCGAUUGAUAUCCAAUCCAACCAGAGAAUCCUUCGAGGAAAAAGAUCCUAUUUAUCCAGGAACGUCGACCGCACCAGGGGCUCGACCACGGGACCUAGUCUACCGCCCCACGAACCAAGUGAUCCGCUCCUACUCCGAACUGGAGCAGCGUCUGGGUGAGCUUGGCUGGACUCGCUACUACAACUUGGACCAACCUGAGCUUCUUCAAUUCCACAAAUCAGCAAACUCAUGUCACCUCAUUUCCCUCCCAAGAAACUUCGCCAACUUCAGGUCCAUACAUAUGUACGACAUUGUCGUCAAGAACUGGUCUUUCUUCGAAGUACGUGAUCCUUCACAGACGUGA